UAAGAUUCUUUGAACAUUCUCAUUAAUGAACGCAAUUCACUCUGUACUAUAAAAUAUAACAUUGACUGUUUCGCUUGCAAUUAUUAAAAAUAUUAUCGGGAAUUUCAACCUACUGUAAUUUUUGUAAUAUCGGGACUUCUACGUAUUACCCAAAAAGCUAUGUAUAGAUUACUGGACAGGACAUGGAGAUCUUUUAACACACCAACAAAAAAUGUUGUGUACAACUUGAAAACAGCUAAAACAAGGCGUAGUAGUUAUAAAAACAUGUUGUCUGUCUGAGAUCAAUGGGGAGUGAGUUCCAAACCUUUGGUCCGUGCACUGAAAAAGACCGCAGACCGUAGCUUUUGAGGGAGAAACGUGGCACCACUAAAAGCGUUGAGUCCAUUGAGCGCAGGGCUCUCUGGGGGACAUAUGGAGUAAUCAGUUCUCUAAGAUACCCUGUUUCAUUGACCGAACAGUAUUACCGACAGUAUUGUUAAGAAUGUUUUCCAUACACAUUGUAAACUUUGGUUGUUUAUACGUGUUGCUCUUCGUAUCAAGUGGAGAGUCAGCUGGCUCGGAUGGAAUACAGAUUUUUCACGAGGGAGACGACAUACCGAUCAAAGCAUUGAUUCAACAUACAGUAGAUGAGGAACUGAAAAUAGCUUGGUAUAAAGGAGUUGAAAUAUUGUCAAUUUGUUCUCUAUCAUAUGGGUGUUCUGAAUACUCUACAGAAACUGAAACAUCUCUAAGUGAAUUGGCCGAUGAAAAAUAUUUCGAGAGCGUGAUAACAAUCAAACAUGCUAGCAAAAAGCAAUGUGAUCUCUGGACACUGAAAUAUCUUGGACUUGCCAGAGUAGAGAAGCCUGGGGAGCUGUAUCAUUGCCAGAUAAGUUAUAAGAAUACAUCGAAAGCUGACAUUGAAAGAAAUUGCAAAGAUCCACUUACUACAUUGACAAAUGACAAUGGUUACACUUCAGACGAAGUAAUAUUUAUGGCAGUGCUUGUGUGCACUAUUUCACCUGUUGUCGUACUAUGCAGUAUCUUAUGUGUUAAACAAAUGUUACCACUUCUGCGUAAGCAAAAGACUCAUCAAUAUUUGAAGGAUAAUCUGAAACAAAUCUGCACAAAUGGAUUUAAUGUCAAAGUAUUGUUGAAACCCGUUGAUAGGAAAUUGGGGAACGAGAAAACCGAUAGCCAAAAUACUUUGAUAUAAUUUAUAUACAAACAUCUUUUACAUUUCAGAAAGCAAUGUAUUAAAGAAAUUUAACAAAUAAUCUUUUGAUAUAAUUUUAAAUUCAAAGAUUUCAAUAAAAAGCCGAAGAAGCCUAAAAAUAAACAACUAUAACAUCGUAUAAAUGAAGACGUUUUUGUACAUGUGUGUGUGUGUGUGCGUUAACAUUUAAGACUACAGAAAGAAAACAGUUUGAGGAUCACAAAUGUAAAUAGACUUCUUUGUUUCUUUGGCUGAUUAAUCAUUGAAUAAAAUUUUCUGAUGUAAAUUUG